CGACCAACAGACUUCAUCUACAGCUGACCUCUUCAUUGGAGCUCUCUCUGCCAAGUCAUGGCGCUCAUCAACGUCCUUGAUAUCCGCUUCCUCAACAAUCCAGCACCCAUCGAUGCACCUUUCGAGAUCGAGAUCCAGUUCGAGUGUCUCGACAGCCUGCUACAUGAUCUCGAGUGGAAACUCAUCUACGUCGGUUCAGGCUUCAGUCAAGACGUCGAACUCGAUUCCCUCCUCGUCGGUCCGAUUCCCAUUGGCGUUAAUAAAUUUGUCUUUCAAGCAGAUCCCGUUGAUGUGGCCGCGAUGCCUGCACAAGACGUGCUGGGCGUGAGUGUCAUCCUCCUCACAGCAUCUUACGAUGAUCGUGAGUUUGUGAGGAUUGGAUUCUACAGUAACAACGAAUACGCUGAUCAAGCGAAACGUGAAGCCUAUACACAACUACUCGCACAGGGAACAGAAGAGGAAAAAGCGGCAUUUAAGUUUGAAGGUGUCAAGCAGGUUGCUGUACAGCGUAAUAUCUUGGUUGAAAAGCCAAGGGUCACACGUUUCAAUAUCAUGUGGGACAAUGAGAACUUUACAGAUGCGCCGCCUGUUCAGGAAGAGCCUGAGGAAGGCGAUGAUGUGGUUGCCGUGGAUCAAGAAGAGGAUGAGGAAGAACAUGAGCAAGAGGAGGAAGAGGAGGAGGAAGCCGAGGGCGAUGCUCAAGGUGAAGUGGAUGCUGACAGCGACGGCGACGCUGGACAAGACAGCAACAUGGAAGAAGCGGGCGAGCAAGAAUCAGACGGCGGCGAAAGCGACUCUGAGCAAGAAGGCAGUGAAUCAGACACAAACGAGGCAACCACAGCAUCAGCUCCAGCGGCAACACCGAGCGAAGUCGCGAAACCAUCAGAAGCGGCAUCAUAAUAUAAAUAAAGGAGAUACGUUGAUAGCAUAAAAGAUAUCU